AUGGUGGCCGGGGCGGAUGUGGGCGGCGGCGGGAGCAGCAAUGGGAGCGGGGUGGUGGAGAUCGACGAGGACCUGCACAGCAGGCAGCUCGCUGUGUACGGAAGGGAGACGAUGCGGCAGCUCUUUGCCUCCAACGUCCUCAUCUCCGGCCUUAACGGGCUAGGGGCCGAGAUCGUGGCUGAGCAUAUGAUUGUGGUUGUUUUCACUGACAUUAGUUUGGACAAGGCGUUUGAGUACGAUGAUUAUUGUCGUAACCACCAGCCUCCAAUUUCCUUUAUCAAGACAGAAGUCCGUGGUCUUUUUGGUAGUGUGUUUUGUGAUUUUGGGCCUGAAUUCACUGUUCUUGAUGUCGAUGGUGAAGAUCCACGUGCUGGCAUAAUUGCAUCCAUCACCAUCAGCACUGACAGUGACAAUCAUACGAUAGUGUCCUGUGUUGAUGAUGAGCGCCUUGAUUUUAAGGAUGGUGAUCUUCUUGUUUUCUCAGAGGUCCAGGGUAUGACAGAACUCAAUGAUGGCAAGCCAAGGACAGUAAUGUGCGCAGGACCAUUUUCCUUUUGCAUUGAGGAUACAAGUAACUUUGGCACUUAUACAAAAGGUGGAAUUGUUACACAGGUGAAAGAACGGAAGAUCUUAAAGUUUAAGAGUUUGAGAGAUUCGAUUAGAGAACCUGGGGAUUUCCCUCUGAGUGAUUUUUCAAAGUUUACCCGCCCUCCUCUGCUUCAUUUUGCAUUUAUAGCUUUAGAUAAAUUUAGGAAAGAGUUUGGACGCUUCCCUGGUGUUGCUUGUGGUCUGGAUGCCCAAAGGUUUGUGGAGUUCACUACUUCUAUCAAUGAAGCCACAAUUGAUUACAAGAUAGAAGGCGAGCUUGAUGAGAAUUUGUUGCGGCUUUUUGCGAGUGGUUCUAAAGCUGUCCUGAACCCAAUGGCUACUAUGUUUGGUGGAAUUGUCGGUCAAGAAGUUGUGAAGGCAUGUUCUGGGAAGUUUCAUCCUCUGUGCCAGUUCUUCUACUUCGAUUCGGUCGAAUCUCUGCCAACUCACCAAUUGUACCCUAAAGACUUGAAGCCAUUGAGUAGUCGCUAUGAUGCUCAGAUUUCUGUUUUUGGCUCUAAGCUUCAGAAAAAACUGCGGGAUGCCAAUGUCUUUGUUGUGGGAUCUGGCGCUCUUGGAUGUGAAUUCUUAAAGAACCUAGCUUUAAUGGGAGUGUCUUGCAGCCAUAGAGGGAAAAUUACUAUAACAGAUGAUGAUGUCAUUGAGAAAAGUAACUUGAGCCGCCAAUUUCUGUUCCGUGAUUGGAAUAUUGGACAGCCUAAAUCUACAGUAGCUGCCACAGCUGCUAGUGCUAUCAAUUCCUGCCUGCACAUUGAUGCUCUCCAGAACCGUGCCUGUCUAGAGACCGAGCAUGUGUUCCAUGAUGCAUUCUGGGAGGGCCUUGAUGUUGUCAUUAAUGCACUCGAUAAUGUUAAUGCUAGGAUGUACAUGGACAUGAGAUGUUUGUACUUCCAGAAACCACUCCUGGAAUCUGGAACACUGGGUACAAAAUGUAACACGCAAGUGGUAAUUCCUCACCUUACUGAAAAUUAUGGGGCUUCACGAGACCCUCCUGAGAAGCAGGCACCCAUGUGCACAGUCCAUUCAUUUCCACACAAUAUUGACCAUUGUCUAACAUGGGCUCGCUCAGAGUUUGAGGGUUUGCUCGAGAAAACUCCAAAGGAAGUCAACUCUUUUCUGUCUAAUCCUGCUCAAUAUGUUGCCUCCAUGAAAAAGGCAGGUGAUGCUCAGGCCAGGGAGUUGCUUGAUCGCGUAUUUGAAUGCCUUGAGAAGGAGUACUGUGAAACAUUUAACGAUUGCAUAACCUGGGCAAGACUGAAAUUUGAAGGUUACUUCUCCAAUCGUGUGAAGCAGCUAACAUUCACGUUUCCUGAAGAUGCUGCCACUAGCAUGGGAGCCACUUUCUGGUCUGCCCCAAAGCGUUUCCCUCGCCCACUGGAAUUUUCAGCUGCUGAUUCAUCACACAUCCAUUUUAUAAUGUCUGCUUCCAUAUUGAGGGCAGUGUCUUUUGGAAUCUCUAUACCUGAUUGGGCAAAGGACACUGAUAAUCUGACUGAUGCAGUCAGUAAAGUUGCAGUACCUGAAUUUAAGCCAAAGAGCAGGGUGAAGGUUGAGACAGAUGAGAAGACCAAAAACAUCUCCAGUGCCUCAGUUGACGAUGCUGCUGUUAUCGAAGAUCUUUUAAGCAAGCUGGAAGCAUGUGCCAAGAAACUACCUCCGAGAUUCCAAAUGAAACCUAUUCAGUUUGAGAAGGAUGAUGAUACAAACUUCCACAUGGACUUAAUUUCUGGUCAUGCAAAUAUGCGUGCCAGGAACUAUGGCAUCCCAGUGGUUGACAAGCUGAAGGCAAAAAUUAUCGCAGGAAGGAUCAUCCCAGCCAUUGCAACUUCAACUGCCAUGGCCCAUGGCCACAGGACUUGUGUGCCUUGA